UCCCAGCCGGCUGCACCUGCCCAGCAGUUACGGAGGCGGGUGGCCGCGGAGGAUCGCCCCGCUGCCAGUCUGGCUUCUCAUUGGCCUGUCUGGCUUGAGAGGGAAAAGGAGGCGAGGUAGCGGGGAAAGCUGAGAAGCGAGUUGAGGAACCCGGGAAGGAGAAGGAGAAAGAGAAAAGGCAGGCAGUACUCUUUCUGGCGCUCACAGUUUAGCUGCCGUCAUGACCUCUAGGAAAUACACUGGGCGCAGGAGGAAAAAAACAGAAUUUCACGCAAAGAGGGUGACAACAAGAGAAGAGCUUGCAUUAAGAGGUCCAUUUACUGAAAGUGACAGAACUUCAAAAUCAGAAGACAGCUUUAGAAGCAAAGACAAAAUAAUCCAGGAAUUGCACUUCGAGAUUAAACGUCUAAAAACAAAAAAUCUUGAUCUGGAGAAGCAUGUUAUGAAACUACUUAAUACUAAAGAGGAAGUAACAACCCAAGUGGAUGAUUUGACCAGUGAGAAUGAAUAUCUUUGUAAAGAACUUGCUCAUGUAGACAAGAUAGCUGAACAGCUAGAAAAAGAAAAAGAAUUUGUACUUGAUAGUGCUAACCAGGAACUUUCAGAAGCCAAGUCUCAGAUUAAAUGCCAACAAAAUACUAUUAAAAGAUUGGAACAUACAGUCAGCACUCUUAAAUCUGCAGCCCUGGAUGUUGAAAAGUCAGACGAAAAGCUCAACAAUUUUAUAAAAACAAUAGAAGAAGAGAGAAAUCGUUAUAAAUCUGAAGCAGAACAGUUUAAGAAGAUGCUUCGAAAUACUUCAAGUUCUAAGCGCAGCUUCUCUUGUUCUAUUUCAAAGAUUCCCUCCCCAAUUCAGGGAAGUCACUCUGAUACAGAAUUUCUGCAAAUUUUGAGAGAACGUGACGAGUUUAAGACAAUGCUGGAAAAAUACGAACGUCACAUGGCGGAAAUGCAGGGGAAUAUCAAAGUUCUCACAGCAGAAAGAGACAAAAUUGUCUGUCUUUAUGAUCAGGCACAGGAAGAAGUAAAUCACCUACGAAAAGAAGCUAUGAAAAUCCCCAAAGCUUCUAAAACUGCAAUGACUGUGCAGGCUGUCUUAAGACGUGUGGAAACAGAAAGGGAUGCAGCCAUUUCUGAUUUUCGAAGGAUGGCCACAGAACGUGAUAGCUUGAGAGAGAGGUUAAAGAUUGCUCAGGAUGCUGCAUUGAAUGAGAAAGCUCACCUAGAGCAGAGAAUUGAGGAGCUGGAAUUAAAUAUUCAAAGCCUUGAUAAUGAACGAUUAGAACAAAUAUCAAAGACAGCAUUGAUGAAGGAAACUAUUGAGUCUAUAGAAAUGGAGAUGAAAAUAUUGGCAAGAAGGGCAGCAGACUCUGAAAGUGAGCUUAAUAGACAGAAAGCAACUAAUGCUUCACUAAGCAUACUGAAUGAAAAGAUAGAACAUAACUACGCAGAGGCACAACGACAACUUUCAAAGAAAAAAUAUGAAUUACAACUUACUCAAGAGAAAAUUAUGUGCUUGGAUGAAAAAAUUGAACAACUUUCAAAAGAGAACGUUGAGCAACAAGGAGAUAUUUGUACUCUUAAUGAUACAAUAGCUGAAUUGGAUUCAGAAAAGGAUUCUUUACAAGAUCUUCUAGAAGAAAAAAGAGAAAAAAUUGUUACAUUUGAAGAAAAUUUGGCCGUUAAAGAGAAGACAAUUUCAGAUUUGAAGUGUAUUCUUUCUGACAUGGAGCAUUCAUCAAAGCAUUCUACUGAAGCAUUACGCAAGUGUGAACAAGAUAUUGACAGACUACACCACCUGUUAGAUGGUGCUAAUAAUGAGCUUAAUCAGACUGGCAGGGAGAAAGAUAUAUUAACUCGGGAAAAUGCAAAGCUAAAGGAACAACUUUGUGGCUUUAAGCAGGAAAAUCAGAUUCUACUUGAGAAACUCAGUAAAUGUCAGAAUGAUCUUGAUGAUAUGAAGUUGAAAACUGAAGAUUUGCAAAGACUGAAGACCUUACUGAACUCUAAAGAAAAAGAAAACGGAGAUCUUUGUGAAAACUUCCACAGGUUACGUGAACAGGCAGACAAAUGGGAAUCAAAGUUCCAUCAAAUGGAAACAGAUUAUAACUCCAUCCAGGUGGCACUUCUCAGUGUAGAAUCUGAGAACCAUAGACUGAAAGAGCAAACAGAAUCGCUUGAAAUAGCAAUUGGACAACAAUUGGCAUCUGAAAAAGCCUGCAAGUCACAGAUUUCUACUUUAGGUAAGUCUCUGGUGAAAAUGGAGGAGGAACUUGAGAAAAUCCAGCUGGAAAAGGUUUCUAUACUCUCAGAUUUGGCAUCUUCUCGGGAACUGUGCAUUAAACUGGGCACUAGCAAAGAAUUAUUAAUCCGGCAACUAAAGAACACAACAAAGGAAGUAGAACGACUUCAGAAUGAAUGGGAAUCAUCUCACUCAGAAAUAGAACUUCUCAGAAAACAACUCAAUAAUGAAAGAAUCUCAAUUAAAAACUUGGAAACUUUGUUAGCAUCUAAUCGAGAAAAGGAGUAUCAGUCUCAGAUGAUAAGUCAAGAGAAGGAUUCUGAAAUACAUCUUCUUAAAGAACAACUUUCUCUGGCUGAAAGCAAAAUCGCUAUCCAGAGUCGAGAUUUUUCACAGCUCAAAAAUACAAUAACUCAGCUGGAAUCUGAGUUAGAUAUCACCAAAAGACAGUUGGGCACAGAGCGCUUUGAAAGGGAACGUGCAGUCCAAGAACUUCGCCGGCAGAGUCUUACAGCUUCAUACCAUUUAACUUCUACGAUAAGAACAACAUCACCUGAACGUUCCCGGCACUGGUCUCCUGAGAGGUCUCUGGAUAGAUCUUUGGAUGGGGAUUCUAUUUCUAUUUCAAAGGACUUCUAAUUGAAGAAGAUAUGAAAAAAUUUAACAUCCAUCAUAGAAAAUACACAUGCCAAACCAAACUCAAGGUUUAUUAAAACAGUUGCUUUAAUCCAAUUGGUAAUGGAUAAUGUUCAGAGUGCUUAUUAACUGAAGAAGCAUACAUACACAAAUAUUUUAUUUGGGCCAUUAAAAUAAAAGCAAUUUUGAUACAUUGUUUUAUAAAAUAAUUUUUAUUAUUAAAAAGAUGUUCUGAAAUGAAAUUUGAAUUGCACACUGUCAAAGAAAUAAAUUAAAUGA